AUGCCCGGGAACAUUACGUGGAAAGAAGGGUUCUCCCAGGACGAUGACCCGUACGGUUACAGAAGCCGUAAGAGAAAGUCGGAUCGGGAUGACGAUGUUGUGGCGCGGACCACAAAGAUACCGGGGCCAUCACUGAAGCCUCUCACCCCGAGACCUUAUGACCUUAGUGUGGAGGAAAAUGCAGCGGUCGUGGCUGCUCAGCAUGAGAAAUGGCAGGCGGACUGCAAGAAGAAAAGAGAGCCCGAGCCCAAGCCAGUAUAUUCUGACAAGCAAAAGAAGUGGGCUAAGUCAUUUUUGACCGAACCGUCCCAAGCCGCGAAGAAUCUGCCUGACUACUAUUCACAUGAACUUCGUAGGCAAGCAUUCAUCUUGAAGGAGAAGCAAGAGUUGGCGGAGAAGCAGGAGAAGAAAGCCUCUCAUAGUGAAAGUAAAAAAGAGGGGAAACAAGUUGCCCAGCUCGGGGCACAGAGUAAACAAUCCAUCGCCCCUCUCAUAGUGAAAGCCGCCGGUCCGGAUGACCCCGAAAUCAUAGCAGCUGCGGCAAGACAGGGAUUGACUGUAGCGAGUGCCAUAGAACAAGCGGCCAACUUAGGUCUGACUCUUCGUGCAGUGUUAGGCCUUGAUGAGGCAACAAUGAAGGACGUAGUAAUUACAUAUGUGUCGAAUGGGCCUCUCGUCGAGCCUGCGCAGGAAAAGGAUCUACCUCCGCAAAUGACAGGUCUGCUAAAUUGGUACAAGGCUUACAUAAAAUUAAAAAACGCCAAAGACUAUAUUUAUGCGGAAGUUAGACCUGAGCAUCACUUCAAACAUUACUAUGUACAAAUUCAUCGGAGUGAAUUGUUCCAGCUUUUCAAUCUGCGCGAGCUCGACAAAUCUAUCAUCAGUUGCUACGUUCUAAUGAAGAAGCGGGAAUGCAUGAUAAGGAACAUCCAUGAUGUUGGGUUCAUUGACCCACAUAUCGUUAAUUCAUAUGUGUUACAACAUUUUCCCGCCGACAUGGAGGCCGACCUGUGGAUGUUUUUAUCAAGUCAGGAACUCAAAAGUGAUAUUCUAUUUCCUUACCAUUUUGGGUUCCACUGGAUUCUGCUAGUAAUUCAAUUUGACGACUCCACAGUUCUCAUCCACGACUCUCUGAAUCUGAAUGCAAAGCUUUGGGCCGACUUGAGAAAAAUGAUGCAGAAGUAAUUAUAUAUUUUCAUUCACUUGCGCUCUAUAUCGAUCGGCCUAUUUUGUUCAUUUCCUAAUAUCAAGUAACUAAUAACUCUCUUGUUCAUUUAAUUUUCUUUGCCUCGUAGGGUUUGGACACGGUUCGUAGACACAAAGAUCGGUGAAUUCAAAAAAGAGCUACAGUGGAAAAGGGUAGUGUCUGCGACCCAAGAUAUUCAGCCAAAGGGGACCAAUCUAUGUGGAUACUAUGUUUGUGAGAUGAUCCGGAGAUACACCUCUGAGCGGAUUUCGUGUCCGAACAACAUUAGCAGGAAUAACCUUCGGAAGACGCUUAGUCUAGAAGCUCGCUUCCGACCACUUCAAGAGGAACUAGCUGGAUGGAUCGCGAAGCAAGUCAUCGAUCCUAGUGGAGAACACUAUGUAGAGGAUGUAGAACUUCAUAUGCAGUAAAUCAUAUGUAUGGAAACUAGUUCAAAAUUGUAUAUGGUCAUCGAUAUUGAAUAUAUAUUGUCAAUUCCUCUUGAAUUCUUUUUGGUUCUAAUUUCAAAUUUGUUUGAAAUUGUACGUUCAUAUGCAUGUAUAUGUAGUACCGUAGAAUAUGUGAAACUCCUUCAAAAUUAAAAUAAAACAGAAA